AAUGAGAAAAAACUGUAUUAUUUUGUUCACAUAUUUUCAAACAAAUUAGUGAUACGUGUGAAAAUAGCGGAAAAUCACACGUAAAAAUGGCUCGUUAAAUUCUUCGACCUUAUAUAAAAUUAUAAAUUUCAAUUUUUAAAAUUUUAAAUAGUGAAAUUCGCUAACAUUUCAAAUAUAUAGUUAUGAACAAUUACGUACACAGAUUCUUAGAAUCAACUAUUGGGAGUUUAUUUGGUAAAGAUGUGACAUGUAGAGAACCAGUACAUCGAUGCGAUGAUUAUCAACCAGGUGUACUAGUAGAAUUUGGAAGAACUGGUGUAAAAUUUUUCAAGAAAUUCUUGAUGCCGUGUGGGCUAUGUGCUGCAGUACCAGCAAUGAAACCCCCAAUUCCUGAAGAACAUCCUGCACCUUGUAAUAAUGAAAUACAAGGAAAGAAAUUAAUAAAACCAUCAGAAUUACCCAUUUAUUCUAUCGAUGAUGGGUAUACUAAGCAGAUGCCAUGCAUACAAUAUCCUUCUAUUGUGGAAGAUAAUAUUAGAAAAAUACGACAAACAGUGGGUGAGAUAAAACUUACAAUAGAUAAGAUUUCUCGCGAUAUUUCAAGUUCUUUAGAAAGUCUCAAAUUUAUAUCUGAUUAUCUUCAAGAUCAAGCCAAUCUUAUGCCACGAAUAGGCGCUGUUGGUGUAGGUGGCUUAUCAGGAUUAAUAUUAAGUCUUAGAGGAGGCAUAUUUAAACGAUUAAUAUAUACAACUACAGGUGCUGCUAUUGUUGGUUGUGUUUGUUUCCCUAAGGAAACAAAGGAAACAGUUAAUACAAUGGAACACUAUGGAAAUGUUAGCUACAAUUUCAUUUAUGGUGUGAAACCAGGAGACAACAAAAAGGAAAUUUCAUUUAAUGAAUUUCCAUUAGUGAAAAGUGUGCUUGAAUCAGAAUAUUUUCGUAUGUUAGUUCAAUUUUUUGAACAAAAAACAAAUGAUACACCUACUACAACUGAUGUUGUAUUAACUGAUACAACUGCAAAAACGGAGAUAAAUAAAAAGAAAUGAAGAAAUUGAAAAAGGAGAAAGAAUAAAUUAAUACAUUCAGUA